CUAGCAGCUUCCGCUCCACGUGAAAUUCUCUGUACAUGUGUGGCGUGCAGGACUGAAGCAGUGUGUUUAGAUUUCAUAUUUCAGAACAGUUCCUUAUGAUUAUCGACAGUGACAUAAUGGAGACGACAGAAGAGCACGCAGAGCUCGGCCCGGACUCAGAGGAGGAGGAAGAGGGCAGUGAAUUAUCAGAUGGAGAGCUCCAAGAAGCUUUUUCCAAAGGUCUGCUUAAACCUGGCAUGAAUGUGAUGGUUGAUAAAGAGAAGAAGUUUUCAAACAAUGUGGAGGGUCUGAAGCAGUGCCUUGCAGACUUUCGUAAAGAGCUGCCCUGGGUGGAGCGGUUAGACUUCACAAACUUACCUGCUGAAGAUGUUUUGGCAAAAGCUGAAGGGAGAGAGCCUAAACCUUCAAACAAAGAAAUAAAUGCAGAUGACGACUUUGAAAGAGAAAUGUUUUUUUAUCGUCAGGCUCAAGCUACAGUCUUACAAGCGUUGCCACUUCUAAACAAACAUGGCAUUGCCACAAAGAGGCCUGAUGACUAUUUUGCAGAGAUGGCAAAAUCUGACCAACAGAUGCAGAAGGUCGAUUCGGAAAAGCUUAUUGCAAAACAGAGCAUAAUAGAACGGUCAGAAAAGGCUAAACAGCUUCGUGAACAAAGGAAGUUUGGCAAAAAGGUUCAAAUUGAGGUGAUGCAGAAGAGACAGAAGGAGAAGAAGGCUAUGAUGUCAGCUGUGAAAAAAUAUCAGAAAGGAAUGACAGACAAAUUGGAAUUUUUGGAAGGAGACCAGAAAGCAGGCAAAGAACCUUCUCAGGUCUCAAAGAAAGCAGCAAAUAAAAAGGGGCCCAAUGCAAAGAGGAAAUUCAAAGACCAGAAGUUUGGUUUUGGUGGAAAAAAGAGUGGAACAAAGUGGAACACCAAAGAGAGCUACAAUGACGUAUCCAGUUUUCGAGCUAAAGUCGCCCACGGGAAAGGUUCAAAAGGAGGAAAGAAAGGAAAAGGUGGCAAACAGAAUAAACGUCCGGGCAAGUCAGUCAGAAGAAAAAUGAAAAAUCGGUCAUGAGGCUUGGUGCAUACUAGCCACUAAGCUAAACAUGGACUUAAAGUGGGAUUUUAUACAUGUUUGAUAUAUAUAUAUGUCCUUUGAGGAUUGAAGCUGAUUGCGGACUUCACAAAAAUGUUUUUAUAUGGUUCCCAAAAGAAGGAACCAGAGAACCAGGACAGCCUCUGAAAGCCUUCUAAGAGGAAUAUUUACGGACAGGAAACGGAAUUGCAUACAAAUAUUAUCACCCAUCAUUUCUUGCAAUUUGCUGUACUGUUGAAGGUGAAGUGCACAUUGUAAAAAUCCCAAAUCUUCAUUAAUUAUUAAUUGGUAUGCCAUUACAUUAAAUUGUGUCUGCUGUUGGGUAUGCUUUGACUCAAAUUCACAGUUCUUAAUACUGCAGUUUUUCUCAUUAUUCUAACUUGCAAAUACUUCCAUAUACUGUGAUUUUUUUUUUUUUUUUUUCAUGAUCAACUAUUGGAAUAAUAAAAAUACUGAAGAUUU